AUGACAUCCACGACAGAAACUGGCUAUGUCGGAAAACUCUCCUCGUCGGAGGAAGAGAAGCUCCGUGAGUUUUGGAGGAUCUUGAUCCAGUCUUGGGAUGAUGAAGUACCCUGUCCCGAUGGAGCCUCGGCGGCAAACUCCGACAGCAUGCCAAAGCCACGUCGACGACUCUUCUCCCUGAGUCGUGCACCGGCAGAGCCUCCCGAAGAGGAGACAUCGGCUAUCCCGGCUAAACUGUUGAACAGCCUCAAAAUCUUGAAUGGCAGCCCGGCUGAGACCAAGACUAUCCAGUCGCUCCUUCUAAAGCUUCCAGGCGAUAGGCUUCGGUCGGCGCUUCUGACUCUUUUCAAACAAGAUCACCCCGACGCUCUUCUCUUGCGCUUCCUUCGCGCGGAAAAAUGGAACAUCCCGAAAGCAUGGAUCAAGUUAGUCUCGGCCUUGAACUGGCGUGUUAAUGAAUACAAGGUAGACGAGGAGGUUUUGGCCAAGGGUGAAGCAUACGCGUUUGAGAAAUCGCAUAUGGGAGGAGAUUCACCGGAGAAAAAGGAUGGCGAAGGUUUUAUGCUGCAGGCCACCACUGGCAAAGGCUACUUCCAUGGCUGCGACAAAAUGGGUCGACCUAUUUGUGUUGUUCGAGUACGGGUCCAUGACCCAAGCACCCAGACCCAGAAGGGAUUAAACGACUUCAUUGUCCAUUGCAUUGAGACUGUUAGAUUCCUUCAAGUUCCGCCCGUGGAAUCUAUGGCGAUUGUUUUCGAUCUCACCUCGUUCACGCUUGGAAAUUGGGAGUUCCCUCCGGUGAAGUUCAUCAUCGACUGUUUCCAGGAGAACUACCCCGAGUCUCUUGGGGCGAUGAUCUUCUACAAUGCUCCUUGGAUCUUUUCCAGCUUUUGGAAGAUCAUCAACGGUAUUCUUGACCCUAUGGUUGCUGCCAAGGUGCAUUUCAUCACUGGUGCCAAGGCCCUUGAAGAACUGGUCCCUCGCGAGAAUAUUCUUAAGGAACUUGGAGGAGAAGAAGACUGGGAAUAUGAAUACGUAGAGCCUGUCGCCGGUGAAAAUGACAAAUUGAACGAUACUGCCACCCGGGACAUCAUUCUCGCAAAAAGAAACAGCCUUGGUGCUGAUCUUUUCAGUCUAACCACUCAAUGGAUCGCAGAUCCCAAGGCAGACUUGGAAAUUCGAGACCAGAUUGUUGAGAAAUUGCGCAAGAACUACUGGGAGCUUGACCCAUACGUCCGAGCCCGGACUGUUCUGGAUCGAACAGGGGUGAUCAAGGGCGAUGGAACAGUCAGUUUCUACCCCGCCGCGAAAAGCGAGAGCAACGAGGCUACGGAGAAGCCAAAGAUAGCGGAGAAGCUAACGGAGAAUUUGAAUCAAACACCAGUUUCGGUAGCUGCAUGA